AUGGCCGAUAUAUUUCCAAGUCGAAAUGGCGAGCGGCUGGGAGGGGGACUUGCAGUUCCCUCAUCAGACGCAACUAACUAUCUUCUGUUGUCCCUUCCCCCCACCGCCGUGGUAGAAGUGCUAGACUGCGACCGAGCCGCUGUGUCUCAGAAGGACGUAACUGGUUGCUUCUGCAUUGUGGCUUACAACAAGAACAUACUGACCCGCUUCGACACGAAGGCGGGCCGGCUGACAGCGGAGAACUUGACGGUGAAAAACGAGGUGGACAGCCUGAACAAGGAUCCGAGAGCCCUGAAGAUUAUCCAGGAUGGGAUCCAGGACACUGUCAAUUUUCUCAGCCUGCUUCUGGAGGCCGGAGCUGACACUCUCGAUCGGGAAGUGACCAUCUCCUUCCACGACCUGGAAGACUUUGACCAUUCCAGCCAACUUCAGUGUACAGUCGCCGGCUUCUAUCCAAGCGCCCUCAAUGUGACCUGGCUGAAAAAUGAUGGGAACAUUGACGAGCAAGUGGUACAGACUCAGAUCCUUCCCAACAGUGAGAAGGCCUUCCAGACGGCUGCAUUCACGAACAUUGACCCCAAGACAGAGGACACAUACACGUGCUUUGUGGAGCAUGUCACUUUUCCAGACGGACACCGCACCAACUGGGUCCCCCAACCUAAGAGCUCACUGUCUGCUGCGGCCAUUGUUGGAAUAUUGUUCGGAAUUGGUGGCAUCCUGACUGCCGUAACUGGAGCUGUUUUUCGAAUGAAACGUCAAGAUUUCAACCCUGAUUUAUUUCCCUUUCAGGUUACCAACCCCGAAUCCCUGGACUAA